UUUCAAGACCGUGACAACAAACUAUCAUGAAAAGAUGUUAAAUAUUGGAUUUGGUGCUUCAUGAAUAUUUAAUUUAUGGUGUAUUUUUCUAAACGGAUCAAAUUUCGGGCUGUCCAAGGCUAAAAGAGAUAUGGAAUAUUUCGGAAAAUCAAGAAAUGGUGAUUAUCGAAGACAUAGACCAAGUCAAGAAUAUUCCCCCGAUAAUCGAGAAAGAAGUGAACUUCAGAGUUCCAGAAAAACAACUCCCAGUAGCAACUUUGAAAAUCUGAAUGGGAACGGAGACAGAAAUUCUCAAAGAACACGAUCUAUCGAUGGUACGGCCAAUGGAAGUGGCCCUAGACAUCUGCCUCUUGGUGGUUCGAAUGUAUUUUAUGGAUAUGGUGGUCCCUUCCGCCUUGAUGACGACACCGAUGGAAGCUCUGAAAUGGAUUCCAGCUUGGGUUUCAAAAUUCAACCAUGGAUGGAUAAAAUUACAGGUGGAACAUUCAAGAGGAACUACAUAGAUCGAUAUUCAUUUCGGCCCUCACUCCACCAUGACUCCCAAAACAGGAUGGGUGAUAUUCCUCAGUUUCGAAGCAAUGCAAGUUCGACUGAAUCCUAUACCAAGGGAAGUAAAUCAAGAACUAUAAAGACAAUUUUGCUCAUAUUUUUGGGGAUCAUAUUAAUCGGAAUCGUAGCUGGAGUAAUCGCAUAUUUUCUCUCAAAGAAAGAAAGUGGAGAUACAACAAUAAAAUAUUAUGUAGCAUCCGGUGAGAUAAGUCUAAAUGAAAUUUUCUAUGAAGAGUUGUCAGAUACAUCUUCUGAAGAAUUUAAAAAUUUGAGCUCGGAAUUCUGCGGUGCAAUUACAGAGGCGUUAAAAAACUCCACGGAAAACGGGGAUAAAUACAGACUGUGCGAAGUAAUAGAUUUUAGAAAUGGGAGCAUAAAAGUUCGAUUCAAAGUGUAUUACGUUUACACAGCUACUUUCAUAAUCACCAACGAGACGGUCCAGAAAGAUCUUAAUAACUCUUUAACACCUCAAAAUGCCGGUCUCGCACAACUUUCAACUUUAGUUAUUAUAAGAGUGUCGUUGAAAAUCACCGUCGAAGUGGAGACUUUCCAAAAAGUAAACGAUCCUGCCGCAACCAGUUUACUACCUUCUACCACCCCACUCACAACAACAGAGACAACUACUGUCCCGGCAGCCACCACGACAACAUCGGUCACUACAACACCUACCACAUUACCGACCAAUGAAACAACAGAGACUACAUUAGACGAUACUUCAACUCCAACCACUUCUACAACUCCGAUGAAUACCACAACAGCAGAUUAUUCAACAACACCAGAAACUGAAACUGCAGAGACAACAGAGGAAUACGAUGCCACGACCGAGGAAACACAAUUAAACAUUACAAUAACAACAUUAACAGCGGAAAGCACAGCUGACACCAAACCAACACCAACUACAGAAAGUACCAUACCAGAGACCACAGAAAGUAGUGCUGAGAAUACCAUAGCAGUGAGCACUCAAACAGAAAGUACAACAGAAAAUACAAUACCAGUGACCACUCAAACAGAAAGUACAAUAUCAGUGAGUACUCAACAAGCAAGUACAAUAUCAGUGAUCACUCGACCAGAAAGUACAAUACCAGUGACCACUCAAACAGAAAGUACAAUACCAGUGACCACUCAAACAGAAAGUACAAUACCAGUGACCACUCAACCAGAAAGUACAAUACCAGUGACCACUCAAAGAGAAAGUACAAUACCAGUGACCACUCAAUCAAAAAGUACAAUACAUGUGACCACUCAAACAGAAAGUACAAUACCAGUGACCACUCAAACAGAAAGUACAAUACCAGUGACCACUCAACCAGAAAGUACAAUACCAGUGACCACUCAAACAGAAAGUACAAUACCAGUGACCACACAAUCAAAAAGUUCAAUACAUGUGACCACUCAACCAGAAAGUACAAUACCAGUGACCACUCAAAGAGAAAGUACAAUACCAGUGACCACUCAAACAGAAAGUACUAUACCAGUGACCACUGUAGCCGAAAGUACAAUACCAGUGACCACUCAAACCGAAAGUACAAUACCAGUGACCACUCAACCAGAAAGUACAAUACCAGUGACCACUCAAACAGAAAGUACAAAACCAGUGACUACUCAACCAGAAAGUACAAUACCAGUGACCACUCAAACAGAAAUUACAAAACCAGUGACCACUCAAACCGAAAGUACAAUACCAGUGACCACUCAACCAGAAAGUACAAUACCAGUGACCACUCAAACAGAAAGUACAAUACCAGUGACCACUCAACCAGAAAGUACAAUACAUGUGACCACUCAACCAGAAAGUACAAUAUCAGUGACCACUCAAACAGAAAGUACAACUCAAACGACAAUGAGCUCAACAGAGAAUAUUAAGCCUACGACCACGGCAGACACCUUCGACAACAAUGGCAACAGAAAGAACAACAGAUACGAAGUCAUCAGUCGAGAUGACAACUACAACAGAAACAAAAAAUACAGGAACUAA